AAUGCCAGAAGCCUACACACGUCACGAUUUCUUCUCGAUAUCACCCCAGUAACGCUUUGAACAGUUACCGUGAAGUGAGUUGUGUUCUGUGCCUGUCAACCGGUAUCUCAGAUCUCUGUGACAUCAUUAAACAGAGGAAGUUAAUUUCUUGUUUCCUGUUACUUUCUGCGACCACCAAAAGUUGUAAAAGAAACUGUGCGCCACAGGACAUUUCUUUUUCCAGCCGUUCUUCGUCUUCAAAGAGCAUUAAUCUCGGAACCGUUUCACUUAUACGUAUGGAAGUUGGAAUUGUCUUAUGGAGGAUUCGCAACACGACACCCUUACAGGAAAUUUGGGUUUCAAGAAACGCGGCCGGUGCGAACACUCACCAAAGCCAAAGCACGAUGGAAAAUUAUUCUAAGGGCAAAAAUGUGGAGGAGCCACUUACUCGAGACAACAUCCCCAUCCCGGCUCUUCCUGCUAACUUUACUUGGAUGCAGGUGAGUGGAGGCAGCAAAAUGCGAAACCUGUUGGGUUAUGCAAUGAAAGCUUUCAAAGAAGAGAAAGCAAUUGUGUGGAGUGGGUCUGGAGCUGCCAUAGGUAAAGCCAUUAGCUGUGUGGAGAUCAUGAAACGGCGAUACAAACCAACACACCAACUUACCAAGAUCUGUUACCGCAAGGUUGAAGAAUUCUGGGAACCGCUGUUGGAAGAACUUGAUCCACUUGUAGUGGUGAGAGAGGUGCCUACAAUACAUAUCCUGCUGUCCAAAGAUCCCCUCAACACUGCUGAACCUGGGUACCAGGCUCCUGGAGCAUAUGAUACCUUUUGGAAAUCAAGUGAAGGAACUGAAAAAAAUAAACGUUUUGGGCCAACAGCUCGGAAGAGUGUGAAGGCUGGUGUGUCAGCGGAGCAGUUUGCUGCAAUGGGUUUACGAACAGGAACAGGGCAUAAGCGGACAUCAGGCAAACAGAAACAGAUGUUGGAACCAAUUGCACAUGUAGACAUUCCAGACACUUCAAUAAAGGAAGAGUCUAAAGAUGAACCUGAAAGUGAAGAACUGAUGAUACUUCCUUAAGACACACCCAGCAUUUCCAUGUUGUAUGGAUGCAUUGCCUUGUGAUGAACUAGUCAAGAAAAUUAAAAAGAACAAGUUUGUGGUGGUGCUUCUUUUAAUUUGUCUAUUCAUGAAGAAUUCAAUCCUUCAAACAUAGCGUGAUUUUGUAAAUUUCUGUGCUAUGGAUACUGUGCAGUUAUGUGAUUUUAACAAGAAGAGCUGGAAUGUGGUACAGACGUAGAGGUGCUGUUACAAAAGGUUGUAUGUUUCACACAUGAUUAAAUGGGUAAGAAAAAAAAUCACCAUUCUAUGGAUAGUGUUUAUUAAUUUACAAUUCCAGGCAGUGUUUUAAAUAACUAUAUAAGUAAUUAUGAGAACCAUGAACAGAUUAAUAUAAAACUGAGUUUGAUAAAUAAUAUAAUAUAUAUAUGUACACGUGAAGGAAAAUCAUCUUUGGAGCAUGCUGAAAAUUGCUGGGCUGCCCAGGAAGGAGAUAGACUCCCUGCAGUAGCAUGACAACCAUGUUUAGAUGAAAGAAUGAACUUUCAUAUGAAAUAUUUAUGAGGAAAGUAUUGUGGGUUUUGCUGUGCAGCUGCGUUUUAUUACCAGUCGUGGCAUUUCUAGCAGGUAGCUCCACAGAUGGACUUGGUGCUCAAAGGGUUAAGUUAUUUUUUACUAUAUGGAUAUUUUUAUUUUUCAUGAACAAUUGCUGUUUCAAUAAGUAACUCACAUCUGAUAUUUUGACACAAGAAAUAACUGACUGCUUGAAUUUUUUAAUACAGUAUCGGGGGCUCACAUUUAUAGUAAACCAGCACACACUGCAUUUGAUAGGUGUUCAGUGGUUUAUUGGGUGAUAUUAAGCACAACAAACCACUGUAGGUUGCAGUGCAAGGGCUGAGAAGGGCCACCCCUUAUACAUUCAUUGGGUGAUAUUGAAGAGGAACUGUUAAUGUUUACAGUCUGUUGGCCUGGCAGCUAUGCCAGAAGUCUACACCCAUGUGAGCUCAGCUGAUGGGAGAAGUGUGCUGCUUUCUUGCCUGAUGGGCUGAAUAAUUCCCUGCAGCUCUGAAAUGAUCUCCCUGUAGUAUUGUGACAUUUAAAUUGAAGAUAACAGUCU